AAUUUAUGCAAAUGAGGGUGUUUCCCUGACAGACGCACAGACAAAAUGGCGAAAACCUAUGAUUUUCUUUUCAAACUGCUUCUCAUAGGUGACUCUGGUGUUGGAAAAACUUGUGUACUUUUUAGAUUCUCAGAAGACGCAUUUAAUUCGACAUUUAUAUCAACAAUAGGUAUUGAUUUCAAAAUAAGGACCAUAGAAUUAGAUGGAAAGAAAAUUAAAUUACAAAUAUGGGACACAGCAGGACAGGAGAGAUUCCGUACUAUUACCACAGCCUACUACAGGGGUGCUAUGGGCAUCAUGCUUGUUUAUGACAUCACAAAUGAGAAAUCUUUUGAUAACAUCAAGAAGUGGAUCAGAAACAUUGAAGAGCAUGCAUCGGCAGAUGUGGAGAAGAUGAUACUAGGAAAUAAAUGUGACAUGGAAGACAGGAGAACAGUGACUAAGGAAAGGGGAGAACAGCUUGCAAUUGAAUAUGGUAUUAAGUUUAUGGAGACAAGUGCCAAAGCUAGUGUCAAUGUAGAGGAGGCGUUUAUUACACUAGCUAGAGAUAUCAAAGGAAAGAUGGACAAGAAAAUGGAAUCAAGCCCAAACCCCAGGAACCAAGGCGUCAAGGUCGUUGACACGCAGUCAAAGAAAUCAUCCGGUUUCUCAUGGAAAUGUAAUAUCCUGUAACUUCCAGUCCCUCUAAAUACAACCUGCUCACCCCUGUAACAUGAGUAGUUAAUGAAAAGUUCCAAAUGAAAAAUUAAAACUGGGUUUUCUCAUCUGUAAUAUAAAGACAUUCAUUUUUGGUGGGAGAAAGGGGAGGGAUAUUUUUUCUAUACAUUUAUACAAGCUGAUUUUUGGUGG